AUGUCUAAAGUGAUACAUCAAUAUUUUAAUCGGAGGUACUCUGAGUGGGAUAUUACAGACUUCCUACAGGAAUGUGAACUUGAAGACUUGGCUGAUGCCAAUAAAGGACAAAGGGGCAAUAAAGCAAAGGAGUUGCUUGCAAGAUAUAGAGAGUGUUGGGGCGGGGACAAUCUCGAGGAUUGUCUUACGUUCAAGGCUCAAGGUCGACCUAACACUAACCCCACUGGGGCGGGGGCAAUCUCGAGGAUUGUCUUGCGUUCAAGGCUCAAGGAUAUUGCUAACUUACAAUUUUACAUGCCAGGGUUCUCGGCCAGAUCGUAUUUGUGCUCGAAAUUGGCGGAUGGAGACUAUUUGAAUAACGGAAUAACAUCAAAUGGAAGUGGUGCAACAAAUAUUUCACAUACUAAAUGCGGACAAAGACAAAGUUCAAAGGAUUUAAAUGACAAAAUCAAUGAAUUCAUGUUGAGUCCCAAUGAACAAGAACUGAAUCGGUUCACCAAGAAACUUAGGAAAUUGUAUGACACAAUAAAGUAUAAAUCUACAUGUUCCGAUGAGGAUAAUGAUUUUUAUGAAGAUGAUGAAAGUAGAGAAAUGAGUGAAUCGAGUAUAUCUGAAUUUAAAGAUUCAUAUAGAGGAAUGAAAAAUGAGAAAAAAUGGUAUUUGACAUCAGGGAAAUGUGUUGAAGAUGCGUUAUAUGCUUUCGGAAAUCAAUGGCGGUUUGACCACCUUGCACAUUCAUUCAUUAUUGAUCCUGAUGAUGAAUCUUAUAUUAAAAACAAUAUUUUUACCUCCGAAGAACUGAAAGAAAUCUGUAAUACAGAAGCAAAAGACCUUCCAGAAAUGCCAAAUGAAUUAUUAAAAUAUAUUAGCUCCUUCCGAAUGAAAACAACGAAAGAUUUGCACAUAGCACUUGAUGUACGACAAGAUUGGGAAGGCGGAAAUUUCGAUAGAAUAAAACAUUUUGAUUUUGACUGGGUGAAGAAUAAAUUUGAAUCCGAUACAUUGCAACAAAAACAUUUGGAGGCAUGGCAUAAUGUUCAUAUAUGGUCAUUUAUCGAUAGAUGUUUUAACGAAUUGAGAGGAGUAGAUAUUGCAAGAGGUGAAUCAUUUAGCAUUGCUUCUUCAAAACGCAAAAAUAGUAAGCGGGUAAUUCAAGGAGUUGUUAAGACAACUAGAAAAGCAAUUAGAAGAAAAGGUGAUUUAACUUUAAGAAAAGGAUCACAUGAAUAUGUAGCUUCUGAAGUAGGAAAGGAUUAUGAAGGAGACAAUGGAACAAAACUGCUUAAAGAAAGGGGGUUAAAAAGUCCAAAAAUGCUUAAAGAUAUGAUAGUAGACUUGGGCAAUUUUGUAGAAUGGAAAACAAAUACAUUGCGUCAAUUUGAGCUAAUUAGCUUCAUUCAUGCUGGUCUCUAUAUGAUUUUAUUGCGCAUGGAUGUUCCUGCCGGAUAUACUUGCAGAGUUACAAGGUCGGAUACCUUACAAGUACCAACCAAUAUUAACCGAUUUGAAAAGGCUCUUAAAUGUUUGGUUUUGGCAUGGAAAGCUAAGAUAAUCAUCCGUAAAACGAUUAAUGUUGUUGAAAAAACAUGUGAUGAUGAUUUGUUGGAAGAUUUGCAAGAAGCUGGUGCCCGUAAGCAAAAAGAUUUGACCAUUGUUCCUAACUGUGUUAUGACACCACAGAAAAAGCGAACAGCAAAUAUGAUAAACAUUUUAAUACACUUAAUGAAUUUACAAUAUUUCGAUUACAAUUGA